UAAACAAAUAUGGCGGCGGGUGAUGGCGGCGGCCGCCGGCGGCCAUGAGGCUCUGUAAACGCCAGUAAACGCCGGUGUCCGCCGGGGCGGCUCCGCGUACUCCUCGUGCAGGAGCUGCGGCGAGGCGGAUCGGGGCUGGUGGUACACAUGGAUGACAGCAAGGUGGUUGGAGGCAAGGUAAAGAAACCAGGCAAACGAGGUCGUAAACCAGCCAAGAUAGACUUGAAGGCAAAACUUGAAAGAAGUCGUCAGAGUGCAAGAGAGUGCAGAGCCAGGAAGAAGCUGAGGUACCAGUACUUGGAAGAGCUGGUUUCAAGCAGAGAGCGAGCCAUCUGUGCUCUCAGAGAAGAGCUUGAAAUGUACAAGCAGUGGUGCAUGGCCAUGGACCAAGGGAAAAUCCCCUCGGAAAUAAAAGCCUUGCUAACUGGAGAGGAGCAAGGCAAAGCGCAGCAGAACUCAACCAAACUUGCCAAGGCUGCGAAGACAGAAGCAAACAGCAGCAAUCCCUGAGGCCGAUGCAGAACCUUCCGCGCUGCAGCAGAGGUGGCUUGAGAGGUGGCAGGAGGAAGAAUGCUGUUCUGAAGAGUGGAUGCAUCCUCAGGUGCAGGGCAAAGGAUCCCAGUCUGUUCUCUUCCCUUUGCUCCUCCCCACAUGAAAUUCUUUCGUUAUGGUGUUCCUAAGUCUUCAUGGGGUGGGGCUUUUGGGGCAGCAGUGUUGGUGUAUGUGGAGUAUAUGUGUAUAUCUUCCUUUUGCUACACUGCCCUACCCAAAUACAGCUGUGGCAGGACUGGGGUGUUCCCAGCACAAAAGUGGAGCUGCUUUUAUAUCAGCCCAGAAUUAAGCUGACUUUGUGUUUGGUGGAUAUGCAUUUGUUAACUGUUGUGGAAGACUGUGAGAUUCUGUAAAAGAAAAGCUAGAGAAGAAGCUUGUAACAGCUUUGCUAAAGCCAAACCCAGUACUGUAGGUUGAGGAGAGGGAGCUGUAUCAAAAGCUUUCAGUAGGAAGAUUUAUAGCAGUGUCAUUUGUAACCUAAAUGUAGGUGUUGCUCUCAGCAUCCAUUUGUAAUAUACCAUGUCUUUUGUGUGACUGGGAUUCUUAAAGAGGUAUUAGAUACAUUUCCCUCUUCUGCCCAUACUUCUUCCACUGGGUGCAUUUUCCACCCGCUGUGCUCCUGGGAAGACAGUCAAGACAUGUCCCUGUAGCCUGCUUUCAGUAGGGGAGCAGCAGCCAUUCCCUCUCACCCGCUGGAUCCUGAUACCUUUCCAUAGCUACCUAUGUUUUGGGUCCUAGUACCUCUCUGGACAGCAACUAAAUGUGAAUUCUGCCAUGCUAUCCUGGUUUCCUAGCCAAAGACAAUGCCAGGAACUGAUAGCAAGGAAAGCAAGUUGCAUCAGUUUCGUCUUGUACUAAGAAAGGUGAUGGCAAAACUCGUCGGAGGAUGUACUCAUCCCAGUUAUUGACAGAUAACCUGCCACUUUCUGCAGACUGCUCUUUUUCCUGGAUAUGCUUUUUAUAUUCGUAUGAUGCAAUGUGGAGAGUGGAGCUCUCAGGAUUUUCAGAUGAGGUUUGGCUUGCUUAUUCUGCUUUGAUUAUGACAAUGCCUUUCUCUGUAUUUUAUGAAAUGCAUGGAACAUUUUUUAAUCUUAUAUUUUCAGCAUUGUUUCAUAGAAUAAAUAUUAUAAUUAACUACUUUGCUAAA